AUAUUUACUUAUUGAUUUUCUUUAUUUUUCCUGCCCAGCCAUGACAAACUCAGUCCCCGCAUCACAGCACCGCCUAACUACUCUCUCACUGCUGGUCUUGUCCUUGUGCACGCAUGCUACAGCAAACACCACAACCACAGCCCUUGAAGCAACCACCACCACCAUCACCACCACCACCACCACCACCGCCGCCACCAGCUGGACGCAUGAAUCUUGCUACUUCGGGAACUCAACACUAGAACACGGCGACACUGCACUGGAGCUGCCAGAGUGUUGCAUGAAGCUCUUGUGUUGCUCCGGUGAUAUAGUGAAGAGCAAUAGGUGGAGCGAGCCAGCCAGCAGAAGCCACGACUUGUGCCAUGACGACCACCACGACCACAUCUGGGACCACGAGACCCACGACCAUCUAGACUUUCACAAUGGGUUAUAUGGCAAAUGCUGCAUGAUAGGGGACCGCAUGUACCCGAGCGGACACAUUCUCACCACCUUCUGUCUCCGAAUGGUCUGCCACGACGGCCACUGGGAUUUUGCCUGGAGUAUCGACCCCACAUGCGGGUACUGCUGGAUACACGACUACCCUCACUUCUCCACCUUCGACGGGUAUCACUACAACUGGUAUGGCCUGUGCAACUACACCCUGGCGCAGACCAACGAUUCCACAGACCCCUCCGACCCGCACACAGCCGUCUACAUCACCUUCAGGAAGUGCUUCAGGCGGCGCAGGGCAGUCGGCAUGCCUACGUGUCUCUCAACUGUCACCUUUAGAGAAAACCCGUACACAAUCAUCCAAAUCGACCCUUUAAAUGCAACUUGGAUGACAGUCAAUGGUGAGCCAGUGGCGAUGCCGGAGCCUCACGACUUGAACCACGUCAGCACCUCCCACGGCCUCCACCCAGUGCUCGCUCUCAACAUACACGGCUGCAUCACACUUAUUGGCGCUUCAGGCUUCGUGGUGAUGCAGUGCCUUCACCGCGUGGACGUGUGGGUGAGCAGUACCUUGGCGGGGGCAGUGGACGGGCUGUGUGGUCCCUUCAACACUGACCUCAGGCUGUGGGAGAGAAGCUACGAGCGGUACAACACGUCCCUCUUCCCGCUCAUGUGGCUGGCUGAUGACGAGGACCGCUUGAAAUGUUACAAUAACGACCCUGACAUCAACAACGCAGCGAAGUGCAGGAAGUCACCGACCAAUGAAAUCGUGAGGCGCUGUGAGGCGAACACCAGAGGCAAUCCAUAUCUCAACGAGACGUGCCAGUAUGACCUGUGCAAGCUUGGGGAGCGGCCCAGGCUGGCGAGGGGCAGGUUCACAAGAUGGCUGAGGGUGGUGAGACUCAACGCUUACUUCACUGAGAAGAUUGCCAAUGCUACUGGUUAUAUGUACUAAUGCAGCGUGACCUGACCCCAUCCUCCUCCCUCCCCCAUCCCAUCUUACACACAGUUCGUCCAUACACAAGCACAACAAAAAGCACAAUUUCGGAGCCACAAGAGGAUGAGGAAGAGGAAAGCUUCUCACCCUUCCCGACCACCAUCACCACCACCACGACCACCACUACCACCACCACCAUCACCUCUAGCCAUGAAGUCACGUUUGGAAACAUAAACAAGAAACAACCUAGAUUUACAAGUGACAAGCAAUUCUUCUCGCCACUUCCCACCACUACCACCUUCAAAAACAUUUCAGCAUUACCUCUACACUAUUUUCCAAAGGUUCUAGGGAGAGUUGAGGCAGUUUCUAAGGGUGGUAUACUUUAUGGUUCAGGUGACAGAUUAUCAAGAUUUCUAUAUAAUGAAUCAAAAGAAAUAUUUCCGUGGCCUAUUCUGGUUAGUUUCUAAAAACUUUAGAUAAAGGUUCACUGGAUUUAACCCUUUUCAUACUAACGGGAGCUGUGGGUGUUAUACUGUUCAGAUGACGAAUCAGCAAAAUUUCUACAUAAUCAACAGGAGGAACAGUCUCAAGAACCCGAAUAAUGAAUUAUGUAGCACUUGAUAAUGAUUUUGGUGAGAGAAAAAAACACUUCCGAGUACUGGUGCUACUAGUAUACAAAAAAAAAAAAUAAUAAUAAAAUAAAAUAAAUAUUGACAGAUUUAUGCAACUUCUACAUCAUGAACACAAGAGACGCUUUUGAGAAUCCGGCUAUUCAUAUCUCUACCCUUUGGAAAUAGACACGGUGAGAGAACAAACCGUCUCUGAGUAGGUGGUCUUAAUACACAAGUCUAAGCAACUUUAUGUGCACGCUAGCCUUCACCCUGUUUAAGAAGAGGGUGAGGCCACGUCGCUCGACCCCACCACCUUAGUAAUUAGGGUGCUUAAGGAUGACAUAGUGACGAUUCCACCUGAUUGCUUCACAACACAGCGGCAGCAACACACAAGAAGUUCACUGUAAUUAAAAGGUGUGCGUGCUUGCGUAUAUAAGCGUUACUGGGAAAAGGUUAAAGGAGAUGGGCGGCCAAAAAGGUUAACUGGAGUGCCGUAUGUUUGGUGAGUGUGGCCGCUAAUGACAGUACUUGUGAGGAGAAUAACGUCCGUAUUCAGUAACGCCUUGCACUCUCAUCACAAUUUUCCAAGACAACUUAAACAACUAGCAGGGUUUUCGAGACAGUUUCUCCUUAUGAUAAACUAGAAUUCUUACCAAUCGAUCACCGGAACCAUAAAAAUGCUCUUAGAAACACGUUUAUCUGUAACUGGAGCCUUUGGAAAGUAGUGAUGGUGAGAGAGCAAAGGGUUUCAGAAUAUGGACCUUACUGUGGUGACGGUGGUGGUGGUACUAGCAAUAGUAUGAAUAUUUUCAAUGACUGUGGAUUUUUUUCUCUUUACGAAUAUCUACUUUCCUAAUUUUUUUUCCAUCUGAUCAACGUGUUUCUCACUAUGCAUCUAUUUUUCCAUCUUUAAUUGGCUAAGUUUGUAUGUCUUACUCUACUGAUGUCUAAACUCAAUUGCAUUCCUUCUAAUUCUAAUCAAUGUUCAGUUUUCUAGAUCCAUAUCAAACUGUUUGUCUAACCACAAGUGAAGAUCUAUAUUAAAGUACCUGUGAGCAUUAACCCCUUCAGUACCGUGAGGCGUUUCCAUAUAGAUUCUGGUCACUAUUUGGUGAUUUUCUAUAGCUUCAGAAACUUAUGUAAGGCAUUAAAAUAGUGAAGACUGUGGCCAUUAAUCUUCUGCCCUCCAUAGACCCUUCCUAAUGUCAAUAUAAUGGUCUAAUCGUGCACAAAUCUCAAGAUAAAAGUGUCCCAGUAUUGAAGGGGUUAAUAUGCUUGUUUAUAACCUAACUUUGCAUCCUUAUUUCCACGAAUGCAUCUCUCAAUGUCUUAUCACUUUUGGAAUAUGAAUUUAAUUUUAUUUUUCCCUUACAUUUUAUCCAUUGUUAUUCCUGGUUAUGUUUAUCCAAUAUGUUUCAUUUGUUAUGCAUAAUGAUCACGUUUUACUAACAAAUUUUACGACUCCACUGACAUUAAAACCUUCUCGACUUCCUUUUUUAAAAAUAAUAAUAAUUAGCAUUGUUUAUAUUUCUAAUUCUAAUAAUGAUAAUAAGAAUAAUAACAAUAAUAAUAAUAAUAAUAAUAA